UCCGGGCCAAAGGAUGGCAGAGAUGGAGGGACUCGAGUUUGGGAAGUCUGACUUUGUUCUGCUGGAUGAGGUGACCAUGGAUCAGUUUAUGGAGAAUCUUAAAUUGAGGUUUGAGAAGGGUCGGAUCUACACCUACAUCGGCGACGUGGUGGUCUCCGUGAACCCGUACAAACAGAUGGAUAUCUAUGGGAAAGAUACGAUCGACGCGUACCGCGGUCGCGAGCUGUACGAAAAUCCGCCUCACCUCUAUGCUGUAUCUGACGCCGCCUAUAAGGCCAUGAAGAGACGAGCCAAAGACACCUGCAUCGUCAUAUCAGGUGAAAGUGGUGCUGGGAAAACAGAAGCCAGUAAAUACAUCAUGCAGUACAUUGCAGCAAUCACGAACCCGAGUCAGAGGGCAGAUGUCGAAAGCGUGAAGAACAUGCUGCUCAAGUCCAACUGCGUUCUGGAGGCUUUUGGGAACGCCAAGACGAAUCGCAACGACAACUCCAGCCGCUUUGGCAAGUACAUGGACAUCAACUUCAAUUUCAACGGUGACCCCAUGGGGGGCCACAUCAACAACUACCUGUUGGAGAAGUCCAGGGUGGUUCAGCAGCAACAAGGAGAGAGGAACUUCCAUUCUUUUUACCAGUUUUUACGAGGAGGAUCUGCUGAAGCUAUUGCCUCAUAUCACCUGCAAAAUGAUCCAAGUGUUUACGUGUACACUAAAGAGGGCGCUGCAGCCACUACCUGGAACAAUGACCACUCGAGCCACAAAGCUGUUGUUCACGCACUGGAAGUUAUUGGCUUCUCGAAAGAGGAAAUUCAGUCAAUUUAUCAAAUUCUAGCGUCCAUCCUGCAUCUUGGUAACGUUCGGUUUGCAAGUGACGCCGAAAACGUCGAAAUUUUGGACCUUGACACUGUGAACCACAUCUCCGAGUUGACGGGUACUGGUGCGGACAAUGUCGUCAAGAGCUUGCUGUACCGCACUGUGGCCAUCGGUGGUGGCGAGGUCAUUGAGAAGGGUCACACGCAUGAGGAGGCCUGCUUUGGGCGGGAUGCUUUUGCAAAGGCUCUCUAUGAGAGACUUUUUGGGUGGAUUGUAGGCCGCAUCAAUGGCAUCAUUGAGGUCAAAAACUACAACCCAAUGUUUCAUGGGAAAAACACCGUCAUUGGAGUGCUGGAUAUCUACGGAUUUGAGAUCUUUGACAACAACAGUUUUGAGCAGUUUUGCAUCAACUACUGCAACGAGAAACUGCAGCAACUUUUCAUCGAGCUGAUCCUCCAACAGGAACAAAGCGAGUAUAACCGCGAGGGUAUCCAAUGGCAACAUAUCGACUACUUCAAUAACCAGAUCAUCGUCGACCUCGUGGAGCAGCAGCACAAAGGCAUCAUCUCCAUUCUGGAUGAAGCUUGUCUGAGUGUUGGGAAAGUGACGGACACGCUGUGCCUGGACAGCAUGGACAUCAAAUUGGCGCAACAUCCCCACUACACCUCCCGUAAACUCACCCCUACGGACAAAACCAUGGACUUCCAGAAGCACUUCCGAAUUCGCCACUAUGCAGGAGAUGUCACAUAUUCUAUCGAGGGCUUUUUGGACAAAAACAGAGACCUGCUUUUCCAAGAUUUCAAGCGCCUCAUGUACCACAGCUCCAACCCAGUGAUGAAGGAGAUGUGGCCAGACGGACAACUCAGCAUCACAGAGGUCACCAAGCGCCCGCUUACGGCGGGCACCCUCUUUAAAAACUCCAUCAUAGCGUUAGUGGAUAAACUGGCCUGCAAGGAGCCGUACUACGUGCGCUGCAUAAAGCCAAAUGAGUUGAAGUCCCCGGUACUGUUUGAUGACGCUCGCUGCCAACAUCAGGUGGCCUACCUGGGCCUCCUGGAGAACGUCAUGGUCCGCAGGGCCGGUUUCGCCUACAGGCAGCCCUACGCUCGCUUCUUGCAAAGAUAUAAGAUGACAUGCGAGUACACUUGGCCUAACCACUUGAUGGAAUCCGACCGGGACGCCGUGGAGGCCAUCGUCAGACAGCACGGUUUCCAGGACGACGUAGCGUACGGCCACACCAAACUUUUUGUGCGAACGCCGCGAUCGCUCUUCACUUUGGAACAGGAGCGAGCCGCCCUCAUCCCCAUCCUGGUGCUCUUCCUCCAAAAGGUGUGGCGGGGGGCCCUCGCUCGUAUGAAGUGCCGGCGGAUGAAGGCCAUUUACGCCAUCAUGGGCUGCUUUAAGCGUUUCAAGGUCAAGGCCCACUUCUGGGAAGUAGAGCAGCGGUUCGCUAAUGUGAGAAACAUGGCCGACUACGGCAAAAGCGUGGCGUGGCCGACCCCGCCUGCCGCUCUCAACCAGUUUCACGCCAUCACGGUCAUGCUGCAUCGCAGGUGGUGGGCGAGACAGAUGGUGAAGAAAAUCCCCCCGUCUGACAUGCUGGAGAUUCGAGCCAAAGUUGCUGCUCUGACUGCUCUUGGUGGUGAGAGAAAAGACUGGGGCUGUACAAGAGCCUGGGAAAGAGACUACCUGGCCAGCGUGCGAGACUGCCCUCAGUCCAGUUCCGCCUUUGCUCGCUUCUCCCGGGAGCUGAGGAACAAAGACCAGUACAGUCAAGUCCUCUUUUCGGGCUUCUGUAGGAAGAUAAAUAGGUUCAACAAAAGCAGCGACCGUGGGAUUCUGGUCACAGACAAGUGCUUCUACAAAUUAGAGCCAAAGAAACAGUACAAGGUCCUAAAGCGAAUUCCCUUGGAUACUCUAACAGGACUGAGCGUGACCAGCCAAGUUGACCAGAUGGUGGCGCUGCACAUAUCCUUGCAGGACGACAUUCUACUGUGCCUGCAAUGUGGGGAGCUGUGUCCCAAACAGGACCGGGUCGGAGAGCUGGUGGGAACGUUGGCGGACCACUUUGCACGUGUGAGAAGAACCCCGUUAACUGUGAAGGUGUGCCCGUCAGCCGUCCGGCUGCACAUGCGCGGCAAACCAAAGACCGUCACCGUGGAAACCAAGGAGGGUCAAGCAAACGCCGAUUUCAAGAAGAGCAAAGAUGGUUUCGUUCUACUGGUCCCGGCCAAUUGAGCCAGUCCGUUCAUCCGGUCAGGCAACCAGAACUGAUAUGACCUCUUUCCUCCGAUACCCUUUUGUUGUCUUUCUACAGUUGAACCAGGAUUCAAGUGUAAACCAAAACAUAUGUUCGUACAAUAGCAUGCAGUUAGCAAGCUGGACUCUGCCUGGAAAAGUUAUUCAUGUCAGGUUUUCAAUCAAAAAAACUGAACAGUGCCAAAAAUGCAUGUAUGUUUUUUUUUUGUUUGUUUUUAACCACCAUCCAGAUUGGAUCCAGCAUCGAUUUAUUGGAGCGCUGAAUUGUUUCUUGGCAGCAGAAAUAAGUGUAAAGUUUUAAAGAAUAAAUUAUUCAAGAUUUUCUUUAACUCCUCCCUGCGGUCUUAAACAUUCUCCAGUGCGUUCUGUAGAUUACAUCCGAAAAUGUGUUUAUCGAAACGCAAAGAUGGGAUGUUUUGGGGUUUCCUGUGCGCAAUCCACUCUGGUACAAUAUCCUGCUGUUUGCAAGGGAGGAAAAACAGUCGGAUUUAUCUUUAAUCCAAAGUGUCCGCUGACCGCAUGCAAUCGAGCUCACAUACAGCACAAAAGUGGACGCGAUGACGCAACAGUUAUUUCCUGUCAUGUCCCCCUCGGGAUCAGAUCAGAAAUGUUGCAGACGUUUUGGCGCAGGGAACAUUGUCGUCGCCGUGUGAAGAUAAUGUGCGAAACAUUCAAAGACACAAUAUCGCACAAGAGGAAACGAAGUAGAGUGACAAAUUUUAAUCGGUUUUUGGUUUCCACCCACAAGCUAAGUCUAUCUUAAUUAAUAUUUGCACUAUUUCCUUCAACAUAUCAUGAACGGGUGCCCUGAAUUCACAGAGGAAUCCAAGGGCUAUUAUUUUUUAUUCAUUUAUAUACGUAGGAGGGUGGCAUGGUGGAACAGCUGGGAAGCAUUGGCCUUACAGUUCUGAGGUCCUAGGUUCAAUCCCGGACUCGCCUGUGCUGAGUUUGCAUGUUAUCCCUGUGCCUGCGUGGGUUUUCUCCGGGCACUCCGGUUUCCUCCCACAUCCUAAAAACAUGCAACAUUAAUUGGACUCUCUUAAUUGUCCCUAGGUGUGAUUGUGACUGCGGCUGUUUGUCUCGAUGUGCCCUGCGAUUGGCUGGCAACCAGGUGUUGUUGCCCCCCCCCACACACACACAAAGAGACUAUAUUCAUGACUCCAAACACCAGAAGGGUUUUAUUUUGACUCUUAACCACUUGUCAGCAUUGCGCCAAACCCUCCUGACAUCCUUUCCCAGAAAACUCUGAAAUCAAUUCACACCUCACGUCAAUGGGACUGAACGCGACCCAGACGACUUUGCGGUCGUAUGAAUGUGUGAAUGACUUGAGGGGAAGUGAAGAUGCCGCUUCUCAUUAACGGGACGUGGGAGUCGGCCCGCGAGUUCUGACAUUUGCCAAUCAAGUGCACACACUGAUAUACUAGAACAGAACAAGACUUGAUGAGGUAUGCAAUAGGGGAAACGGUACAAUGACAUAAAAUCAUGAGGAACAAAAAAUAAUGAAAUGGAGAAUAUGGAACUAAAUAUAAGUACAUUUAUCUAGCAAUAGAGCAAGAAAAUUUGACCUGGCCAGGUUAAAAAAAAGACCCGACAGAAAUGGACUUUUUUUUCUUACGGAAAAUGCCGAUUCUGAUAUUUGGCACAAUAAAAUUCCCAUAACCGAUUC